GCAACUUUUCGAGGACAUAGAGGAGCAGCGAUCCAGAGAAGCUCAGGGCAUGUAGGACGAUCGUCAGCGUGUCGCAGUGAAGUGUGUGGUGUAAUAGAUAUUUUGGGCCAUGGGAAAGAAACGAGAGCGACCCUUUGAGAGUGCUCCCAAACGACGAACCAAGCUACAGAUCGGCUCUGCAUCCUCAACCAGAAAAGAUGGAGUUGGAGCUUUUGGGUCAACAUUUCAAGAGGCCACCCGACCCCAAAUUGGUCAUAAUCCACUUAGUGGUCUUCUCGGUCACUAUGGCGACAGUGAUGAGGAGAGCCAAGACAGUCAACAAGGAGGAGGAGACAGUGGGAAACCCAAGAAUGAAAUCGAUGCCAAAGUUGCAGAUUUCCUGGCUGAAAUUGACGCACUAGAUGGAAUCGACUCUCCGGGCCCAUCUGGUGAAACUUCCGAAGCCUUGUGUAAACAAACUGCAGAUGACACCUCCCAGGGGUACGCCCGACAAGAUGUGGGGCUGAACCAAGCUGUGGAAUCAACCAGCGAUGUGACAUCAACACCUAGCGGAUUUGUGGAUGGCGAACACAUAGUGGCUGAUUCAACAAAUGGUGAAGCAGUUGAAAUGAACGAGUGGCAGGAGUUGUUGGAUGAAGCAACAAACUGCGUUUACUACUGGAACACUGUCACCAGUGAAGUCACAUGGGAAAUGCCCGAAGUCCUCCGGCGAGCCAAUCAGCAGCUAGCUGGGCAGUCCUAUGACCACCAAGCGACCACUGGUGUAGCUGAUUAUGUGGCAGCCAGUGCCGCUGAGGCACCUGGAGAUGCUGCUGUUGCCGUGCAACAAGACAACGAAGAAGAGGAGGAAGAUAGUGGGGAGGAAUUCCCACAGAGCAACUCACAGGAGGAGGGCAUGGAAAAGACAAAGAUGCCAGUGUACGGCUCGGGAACAGUUGAGUACGACAUCUCGCCGGAACCUGAAAUCGAGGUGGAGGGGUUUGAAUUACAGAAGCCCGAGGUAAAGAAACUGGCUUACUCCAUGUUUGUGAAGGGUGACACCCUGCCAGGAACAGAGAAUGGUGCAGAGGUUGGAUCAGAUGACAGCAAUGCUGCCAUUGGUCAGAUUAAACCUGCGCCUGUGGAGGAGGUAGAAGAAUCAACCAAUGGGGAGGGAGCUAUUGACAGCCUAGAUGAGGACAUGGACAUCGAUGAGCAGUUGGAAAUGGCCCUGGAGAGACGGAAGGCUGAGUUGAGAGAGCUGGAAUCUGAGGGAACAGCAAGCCCAUUGGUUCCCGAAAAGAAACGUAAAGCCUCGGUGCCUCUUGAUAUUUACGAUGAGAAAGGAGAGGUGAACCUCCUUGCCAUCAAGAAGAAGAGGAUGGAGAACCUGCGUAGCAGCAAGAAGGAAACGAGCGACAAGAGCACCCAGUGCGAUGAUGAACUCCAAGAUCUCGUCACCAAGAACAGAACUAAGGAGGAGGCAGAGUUGAAGAAAGAGAUAGCUGAGAUGGCAUCGACGCUGGACAGCAAGCUAGGCUUCCUUGGGAUCUCCAGGAAAGACCUGACCAAAUUCCACAUCAUGCUCAUUGAAAAAGAGAUGCGGGUCCAGGAUUGGAGAGAAGGCUCACUGGAAUCCAAAAACCUCCUCCGCCACCUGAAAUCGGCUGAUUGGGAGUUCCAGCGCUAUGAAAUGGAAGCCGCGCCCCCGGGCUGGUCUUGUAACUGGGACAGAGAGCACAAGCAGUACUACUACACCUGCAUUCAGACGGGCGUGUCGCAGUGGGACUACCCUGUGGAGGCGGGGGUUCCAGAGGACGGAAAAGAGGGGGCGGCCAAACCCACAGCGGCCGAGACGGAGUCCCGGUCACUCUUCAACCAAGCCUCGUUGAUGGAAGGAAUGGAACACGGGAAGUAUAUUCAGUCUGCGACACCAGUGGUCCCCCCAGUACAUGACGUUACGCCAGCCCCAGCGUACAACACUUUUCAAGCCACUACCUCCAACACAGAACCACCGGUUGUGGACUACACAAAAUAUUCUGCCCAAUACGUAGUACCUGCCCCACCCCUCCCUGCCACUCCAGCUCCACCCCUCCCUGAACCCACACCCCCACCUUCCCUAUCGUCAAAGCCCAACCCCCCUCUCCCAUCCAGCAAGGUCAAACCCCCUCCUCCUCCCCCAGGCACAGAGUUAUUCCCACCCCUUCCGGACUCCCCUCCCCCACCACUUCCAUCAGGGUCAGGCCCUGAGUUACCGCCCCUCCCCUCCAGCCCACCCCCUCCACCCCCACCCCCAGAGGACGACGAGGGAGGUGCCUGCGAUAGCACACGUGCCAUGACGCCCCCACCCCUCCCCAUGCCCCACCUGGGGUCCGAGAUGCUAACGGGCAUGCCCAGUGACCUCCCAACCUCGACGACAGUGUCCUCAGCGGGCACGGCUAUCAUCGGCAAACCGCAGGUGCUUUAUUCCGCCCCUUCCUCUACCAUCAGCAGUGGUCCAAGUGUUGCUGCAGACCCUGGUUAUACAGCUCCAGUCCCAUACACUGUACAGUCGGCUGUCUCCGCUGCCCCACUACCGGGAUCGUCAACAAGUGUGCAACCCGUAGCAAAGACAAAAAAGAAGAAAGAGAAGACAAAGACAAAGUCAACCAGCAAGAAGAACAAGCUCCCGCUGUCGCUGGUCCAGAAGUGGCAGCAGAUCAAGGAGGAGGUGGAACGGGAGGAGAUUGCCGAUGAAGAGGAGGAAGAGGAAGAUGAGGACCCCACCGUGGCGACCCAAAAGAGAAUUGAGCAGUGGAAGAAGGAACAGAUGGCUACUGGUCUUUCGACAAAGAAUGCCAACUUCGAGAUGAUCCAGGGCGACUGGAGGGAACGUCUGAAGAAGAAAUCCAGCCAGAACACUUAAUGGGUAGACUUUAUGUCAAUUAUGUUUUGUUGUAAUUAAUAAUUUUUUUUCUAAUAAUCUGGAAACCUUGUUAAGAGAAGGCGCGGAAAUCGUUUCACUCUACAAAUUGGCUAUUAGCUUCCUGACAUAAAUGCCUGUACAUUGAAAGUAGGUUUGAUAGGCUUCUUAGGCUUCGGAUGAGUUAGUUUUAUUCAUCAUUGCCGGCAGCUGCAGCCAUAUUAUAGCACUUGCUGUCACAUCAAGAAAAGAGUUUUACUGCAGUUGCUCUUUCACAGGUGUUUUCUACUGCUCUGUGUCAUAUUGGCAUAUUUGUUACCAACUUCUACAGGAGAAAGAAAUCAAAACACAGGCGUAGACACAUUGGGUACAGGCUAUACUAGCCAUAUGUACUGAUAGCUUGAGGGGAGUACUCCUGUAUCCGCUCUGAGCGGAACAAAAGAGGGCGUGCGUUUUUGGUACUCGCCGCAUAGACGCACCAUGAGGUGCGGAAGUAUAUGCGCGUUUGACGUGGAGCACGCUAAGUACGUGUAACUAAUUUACUUCGGUAUGUAUGGUCUUUGUGUUCACACUGAACGCGUGCAAGAAUCCGCUUGUAACCACCUGUCUUUCCUUCGCCAAUUGGGGGUACACUGCAGCUCGGGGCGGGUAUUGGCAUCCACCUCUCCAAAAUGACAAUGCCAUUACUUUGUUUUUUUGUACAUACGUGAUUGUUAUUGCGCAGUCAUGUUCAGUCUACUGUGUUUUAUUAUUUCACUGUAACCAAAAAAUACAAAUUUAACAAGCAAUUGAAUGGGUCCCUUUCAAGGCCGUACUCCAAAGAAGUUGUCAAAGGCAUUGUCGUCACAUUUUGUUACCAAAACACUGAUCGGAAGCUUGCUUGUAGAUAUCUGUUCUUCAAAGUACUUUUUUCAAUAUUAUCGCAAAUUUUGCAUUUUACAGGUAGGUUAAAAUGUAGUGGUAAAAUGUAUGACGCUUCAGUGUCAGUUUCACGUUGAGGUGAUGUACAAUAAAUUGUGUAAGAAUCUUGA